UCGGUCUACGCCAAGUGUUGAAAAAACAUACGUUUCGAGAAAUUUGGGAACCAAGCAGUGUGGAAAAGUCAAGUGGGAAAAAUCUACGCCGCGAGGGCUGCUAAGUACUUAAAGACCAACGCCGCAACAAUGGCUUUCCAUCUCCCGCUUCUCUCGUUCACCCUGAACUCACGCACCAUGCCGGGAACUCCGCCUAACGUCGCCGAUCAAGAGGACAAGCCCCACGUGGCGGUCCUAGCGAACUCGGGACUUGGCCACGUCAUCCCCCUCCUCGAGUUCUCGAAACGCCUUGUGGUCAGCCAAGGCUUCCGCGUCACCUUCCUCGUCGUCAGCACCGUCGACCCGACCCCAGCUCAAGACCAGCUGCUAAAUGCGGCGGGCCUCCCGCGCGACCUGCGCGUGCUCGGCCUCCCGGCCGUCGACGCCGCCUCCGUCGUCCCGGAAGACUCCCGCCUCCUCACCCGCAUAUGCCUCAUCGUCGAAGCGAGCCUCAAGAGCCUCAGAGCCACGCUCAUCGAGCUGAGCUACCUGAGGGCGCUAGUCGUGGACCUUUUCUGCACUCAAGCGUUGGACGUGGCCGGCGAGCUAGGCAUCCCCGCCUACUCGUUCUGCACGAUGUCGGCAAAGAUGCUCGCGUUCUCGUUGUGA